UGUCACUGAAGCAGAAAACUUCAGAUGAACGACUCAUACUAGCUAUAUCGAUCGAUAGCAAAUUAAGAGUCGACCUUGAAAUAUGAAAUCCGAUGAUGCGCGUGAUUUCACAGUUGAGAUAUGGUGUGAGAAUCCCAAUUCAGCAAAGAACGGCAAAAAAAGGGUUUUGAAUGAAAAACUGACAGCAAGUCACAAAGCAAAGAGUUGGUGGAAUACGUGCUUUGUCAUAUCGUGUGUAAUUGCUGUCUUCAUCGAUCCUUUAUUCUGCUACAUAUAUGCCAUUGACAGAUCAAAUAAGUGUGUCACUAGGAACGAGACGUGGGAGAGAAUCUAUGUCAUAUCUCGAACAGCAACAGAUAUUAUUUACCUGGUCGACCUUCUGAUUUCCAAAUGUCAGUGCUGUUGUUCUUGUUGUUGUCGUCCAACAAAGAAUAAGCGAUAUCAGUCAUGCUUCCGUGACAUGUUAUCCACUUUAUCUCGCAUCUACGUUUUUCUUCCCAUAGCACAGAUACUCGUGUACACGAUAUUUAAUACCCUAGAUCCCAAUUCUGGUAAUUUUCUCCUUCUCACUUCCGUGCAAUAUGGGCUACGGAUCUAUUACAUCUACGGAUCGUUAAAGCGUCGUUCUAUGAUAAACAUAGCCCGAGCUGAAAGAUGGCUUAGAUAUAUAUUGGAUUUUGUUCCCUUCAUCCUUGCUGCGCACCUAUUUGGAGCCGCCUGGUACCUUCUUGCUACUCAAAGCCAAAUUGAAUGUUGGGUUAAUGCACAUGGGAAAAUUCUACAGUACUGGUGGGUACUGUAUACUGGGGUUUUCUAAAUAUUUCUCACCGUUGGAUCGUUAAAAUAUCCAAUGCUCACAAAUAUUCAAGGAGAAGCGGGUACCGGAUGACCUGGUCACCGAAUUGUAAAAAAAAAAAAAAAACCAAUAGAGACACAGAGGCUUAUUCGAAGAAGUCUUCUUCCUCCCCGCGCUAGAGUUAGCUUCCUAUAGCUCUCAUCAUUUCAUUUUUAUCAAAGAAGAACAGGGAUUGGGCAAUUUCAGUUUCGCGAAGGUCACCGAACCGAAACCGUUAGUUGUCGUAUUCGCUAGCAGGUUGAGAUUCUAUUGGCGGCGGGUUGAGAUUCUAUUGGGAGCGGGUCAUUGGUCUUGAUCUGUUCAUUUCGCGAUCGGCAUAUUUCACAACAGGUAAGCUAACUGCGACAGCAGCGACAGUUUUCUGGUGUGGCAGUGGUGUUGGUGGUUGUGCUAUUGGAGGAGUGAAGAAGGUUUUUGUUAUAUCAUUGACGAGCAAGGUAAACACUGGUAUUAAUAAGUCGUGUAGAUCGGGAGCGGUGGUGGUGUAGGUUAGGUCGUAACCCGAUUUUGUUUAAUUUUGUGGUUUGUUUUGUUUGGAAUUGAGUGAUAAAUUGUCUAUUUGAUAAAGAAGCAACCAACGACGACGACUUAGACCACGACUCUACGAAGCUGAAGAUGGAGAAUUUAACGUUUAAGAUUGAGAAUUCGGAUGUUGUAGAGGAGCCUACUCCAUCGGUGACGUGAAUAUUAGUGAAGGAGGGUAGUAUACAACCCAGUGGAGCUCAUAGUGCUAGAUAAGAGCUACUGAAGAGAGAGAAUUUAAUGAUUGCCACAUUGAUGAAUUUCAGUAUAAUGUAGUACCUCAUUUCAUUAUGUUUGGAGAGAGUGAUGGGACCUUUCAGUUUGAUCACAUGAUUAGAGAAGCUGAUGGCGUUUAAUGUUGUAAUCUAACACUUCUCUGGAACAACCCACGUGGUCAGUGCAAUUUGGGCAUAGUAAAGAACUAUUAGUCUUGCAAUGCCAUCGGCCGAGGUUCUUGCAGCUAUAGCCAAAUGGAGAGAGGCACAAGCUAAGAAGGAUAGGGAAGUUGAGUUAGAAGAAGAUGCAGAAAUCUUUACAAAGCGCCCACAACAUGAUGUUGUUGAUGAAGUUGAUUCAAAUAUUGAAGAUGAAUCUUUUGAAAAGAUGUUAGAGGAAGACUUAGAUGAACCUGAACAAGAGGUGACACAUAAUAGUUCGCAGUAUAAUGGUAUCAAAUAUGAUAAGUUGUUAUCAGAAGAUCUUAUAGGCGUUGAGUUUGUAACUAUUGAAGAGGCAGAGGAUUUUUACUAUGCUUAUGCUAAAUCAAUGGGUUUUGAUGUUAGAAGAGAUGACAAGAGAACAAGUUCAAGAACUGGGAGAAUCACUAUCCGCAGUUGGGUUUGUUCAGCCGAGGGGCAAAGACGACAAAACAAUAUGGACAAUAGAAAGAGAGUUCGCAUGCCAAAGAAACUGACUAGGUUCGGUUGCCCAUGUAUGUUCAAGAUAAGGUUCUUAAAGGAUAAAAACUCGUAUGUGGUGGUGAAGUUUAGAACAAAUCAUUCUCAUGGUCUUGUACCACCACACCAGACUCAUUUGCUCAGGUCACAUCGUCAUGUUCCAGAUUCUCAGUUAGAUUUGGCCAAAUCAAUGCAGAGUGUACCAAUUAGGACUUGUCAUUCAUUUCAACACAUGAGUGACGUAGCUGGAGGGUUUUCAAAAGUUGGCUUCACUAUUAAAGACUUGUACAACAAGUUAGAUUCAAGUAAACGCAAAAGCAUAAUUGGAGGGGAUGCGAAAGCUACACUUGCAUAUCUUGAAGGAAAAGCUGUUGAAGAUAAGAACUUAUUUUUUAAGUAUACAACAGAUGCGAAUAAAAGGUUGGCUAACUUGUUUUGGAGAGACUCAACUUCGUUCCAGGACUAUUGUUGUUUUGGAGAUGUGUUGGUAUUUGAUAGCACCUACCUGACUAAUCACUAUGGAAAGCCUUUAGUAUUAUUUGUGGGUUCUAACAACCAUCUAUCAACCGUCAUUUUUGGUUUUGCAUUGUUGGAGGAUGAAACUGCUAAGACGUAUAAAUGGGUCUUGGAGAUGUUCCUAGAGUCUAUGAAUGAUAGAAAGCCUCGCGCCGUCUUGACCGAUGGCGCUGAGUCAAUGAGAAAGGCUAUUGAACUAGUGCUCCCUGGAUGUCCACAUCGUUUAUGUACGUGGCAUAUCUCCAAAAAUGCCCAGAAAAACUUACGGAAACCUGAAGUACUUGCUGAGUUCAGACGUUGCAUGUUUGAUGAAAUAACACCAUCUAAUUUUGAGCAACGUUGGAGAAAUAUGGUUGAUAAACAUCAACUUCAAAAGAGGAAGUGGGUAAAUAUGAUGUAUGCAAAUCGACAUAAGUGGGCUGAAGCAUUUGUUAGUGGACACUUUUUCGCUCGCAUGCGUAGCACUCAACGAUGUGAAGGGAUGAACAGGUAUGUGAAGACCAAUCUCAGAUACAGUGGAGUGAGAUUGAUUGAACUACUUCACCAACUUGACAAAGCAUUGGAACGACUUCGAAAUAAAAAUCUUCACGAAGAUUUUCGGUCUAACAAUUCUACUCAUGUAUUAUCUUCUCGGAUUCAACAGUUGGAGAAGCAUGCAUCUUCUAUCUAUACAGAUAACGUGUUUCAGGUAAUAUGUGAAGAGAUAGAUCGUGUUGCAGGCCUGAUUACAUCAAAAAUUAUGCAUAUGAAGUCAUGUCGUGUGUAUGUUACUUCUGGUUACAAUCAUGAUAUUAUAAAAGAGUGCACAACCAUUUACCACUUUCAGAAAAGUGAAGUUGUUUGUUCCUGUAAACUGUUUGAAUGUGAAGGCAUCCCCUGUUCUCAUAUAUUUAAUGUUAUGAAGUACGAACGCAUGAAGGAGAUACAUGUUUCCUUAGUGCUGAAACGGUGGACAAAACGAGCAAAAUCUGAUGUUCAUUUUAGUCUAACUAAGGAAAAUAUACCAAGUGAAGUUUCACCAUUAGCCAGGCAUGGGGAUUUGAGUUAUUUAGGUAGCAAGGUAUCUUAUCUUGCAUCACAGACAGAGGAGGGUACUGACAUUAUGAAGAAAGAACUAUAUAGAUUGAAGCCAAUACUUACAGAUGUUCUGAAGCAACAAACUGAUGCAAGUAAUAGUUCAUAUAUGUGUAAUGAUAUGGUGAGAGAUCCAAUCAAGGUUAGGAACAAAGGCAUGAGCAAACAACCAAAAACAAGAUCGAAAUGUGGUCUAUGUAGAAGUUUUGGACACAAUAGAACAAUAUGUCCACAAAAGAGCAGGUUGCGUGGCAAAGUUAGAGUUGUCAAUCGUGAUUAUACUCAAAAGCAGGUGGAUGAAUUUCCUGCCAAGAAAAAACCCAAACUGCGACGACUUAGUGAUAUUAAAGAUUGAAAAAUACUCUUAAUUCUGGACGAGAGAAUUUUUGUAGUUUUUAUACAUAUGACUUUCAUUUAUAGGUGUCUAAUUAUU